AUGGAGAUCACGGUGCCGGACUUCAUGGACUGCACGGGUCCGCUGCACGGAGACUGGCAGACCUUCCGCGGCCUCUUCCGAGCCGCCGCGGAGCAGACGAGAGAAACCAGCCGCGCAGACGGCUUUGAGGUGCCAUUCCCUGCUCUGCACCAGGAGUUGCUGGACGAGGCCCACCGGCUCUACCAGAAGUGGCACUCCAUGUUGGCCAAGGGCCUGGAGGACUACCCCACAGGCGCCGCCGCGUUUUACCACGCCUGCCACUUCCAGGAGGUCUCGGAGUAUUGCUUGUACGGCCACGUGGCGGCCAUCGCCUACCUGGCACGCUAUGUGCUCGGGGGUCAGAACUACACCUUGGCGCGGCAUGGGCUGAGGCUGUUGCACUGGAACCACUGCCUGGACUUCAUCGAGAGCUCCAGCUGGUCCGCGUGGGGCUUCAGCGCCUUAUCCCUUUGGGACAUCGCCCAGUCCUUCGCGUACCCGCAGGUGAGCCUGCUGCACCAGUACUUGGAGUGGGGCCCGGGCGCUUUCUCCGCGCCCGCCGGCGCUUUCGCCGCGCCCGAGUCGGACGCCGAGACGAAGGCCUUCUGGGUCUUCGAGCUGGGCUCCCACCGCGCGCUCUCCAAUGAGCCGGUGGCCAACCUGCAACGGGCGCUGCCGCACCUGGAGGUGACGCACCAGAACUUUGUGAAGCCUUACGAAGGCCGAGCCGAGGCCUUUCUGCACCCGUUCCCGCAGCACUGCAGCCCCAACUGCCCCUACCAGCAAGAGAGCGUGCCCUACAGCUUCCCAGUCUUCCAAGACAUGGAGCAGUCCCGGCUCGGAUUUCACGCCUGGAUCCAGGGGAACUACUUCAACAAGCCCGCGAUCAGGAAGUCCAGCGUUUUUCUGUGCACGAACCCGGUGUACUACUGCAACUUCUUUAUCGGGCUGAACAAGACCAUCCUGGGCUACUUUGGGCUUCCGCUGUUGUACAUGGUGCCACAGGAGAGCUGGUCGAGGUGGAUCGACGACUUCAUCGCUUUGGCGUCCCUGCCGUCGAGCCUCUUCGUGUCGAACAACCCGCUGCACUCCGAGCAAGUCGCCUGGCAGAGCGGCGUGCGCCUGCCGGUGCUGCGGCCGGUGGUGCUGUACCUCAAAGAAAGGUACAACCCCCAGAGGCUGGAGGAGGUGCUGGUCCCGGAGCCACGAGAGGCCUGUGUCCUGUACUGCGUGCUGCGGGCCUUCGUCCCAUCCGGGUACCCCCUGCGGUUCCUGGGCAAGGCGGACACGGACCGGAGCUACCAAAGCUUCGUGGCCUUCCGGGCGGUGGUCUUGUUCCCCCACGACUUCGCGCUAAUGACCUUCUACGAGUUCUACGCCAUGGGGGUGCCGCUCUUUAUGCCCAGCCACCUCUCCAAGUACCUCUUCCCCUUCAGCGCCUCUGUGGCGUUGUUGGACUGGGCCCCGGACUGGCUGGCGUCGUCGACGCAGUCGGGGGGCGAAAGGCCGCCCUUCUCGCCGCUGAGCCUCUCCACCUCGGAGGCGCUGCGGUUCUGGUCGCAGGCGGUGGACUUCUUGGCGCUGCCCGGGGUGCGGCUCUUCGAGUCCCUGGCGCAGCUGCUGCGGGACCUGGCGGCCACCGACCUGCCGCAGCUCCGCGCCCUGGGCGCCGCCAUGCGCCGGGACCGCCAGAGCCGCCUGGAGAGCGGCGCGGCCUUUUGGCUCGCCGCCGCCAAAGCGGCGCUGCGAUGA